UGCGUGCGCGCCUCCCGCCCUGCCAACCAACCAGGAAAUCCUUCUGUUAGGUUUAGAAGGGGGGCAAAUAAAGUCAAAUAAAGUGGAAACAUGGCAUCGGAGAUACCCGAUCUUGCUGUUGGUGACGAGCAGCCUGACCCGGAGGAGGAGGAGAAGAAGAGGGCCGAGGCAGCCGCCCGGGAGCUGAGGCUGGUGGUCCUGGGCUGGAGGUGGCCCGGGAAGAGCCUCACGGGGAACACCAUCCUCGGUCGGGAGGAUUUCCGGCUGGAGCGGGCGGCAGAGUUCUGCGUGAAGAGGGAGACCGAGGUGUCGGGGCGCCCGGUGGUGGUGGUGGACACGCCGGGCUGGUUCUCGUCCCAGGACACGCCGGCGGUGUACCAGCAGGAAAUUGUGCGGGGGGCCUCCAUGUGUCCCCCGGGGCCCCACGCCUUCCUGCUGGUGGUCCCCGUGGGCAUGUUCACGGAGGUGGACCGGGCACGGGUGGAGGAGCACCUGGCGUUGUUCGGGGAGAACGUGUGGAGCCACACCCUGGUGGUGUUCACCUGGGCCGAGGUGCUGAGGACCAUUCCCAUCGAGAGGCACAUCCGUCGGGAGGGCCGCGACCUGCAGUGGGUGGUGGAACGCUGCAAGAACCGCUUCUGCGUCAUCAACAACAACAUCUUCGGGGAGCACCCACAGGUGCCCCGCCUCCUGGAGAAGGUCGAGGAGAUGGUGGCGGAGGAGGGCGGCCUCUACGUCCCAGGCACGGUGGAGAAGAAACCAGAACUCAACCAGAAAGUGGUGGAGCGUGACCUUGGAGCCAGGCCCAAGCAGAACAGCAAGCUGGGCUUAUUUAAAAACAUGGAGGCGGAUCCGCCGAGACAGUCAGGUGACCGGAAGAACAGCCAGGCUGGAACAAACCAGACGCAGUGACCUUGACCGUGACGUCUUCCAGUGCUAAUGAAGACCUUGCAGAAUGGAAGAGUGAUGUGUAAUGGGGUGCUGUUGUUCUGUCCAGAGGCACAAGGUGGAGCAGCUGAUGGAGCAGGUUUGAUGAGCCACAGAACUGAUUACGGAGAUCGUGCUGUACAAUCUCCCCAACACCCCCCCCAAAAAUGAAAUGGAACUUUAUAUUUAUUACUCGUUGUCAUUUCAGCCGUUUGUGAUCUUGCCAUGCCAUUGUUUUAGUUUUAUUCUAUAAUUAAGUAGGUAUGAAGGCAGUUGGAGGAAGAUCUACUGUAAGUCUUCUAACAGUGCGGCACUUUGUACCGUGUUGUCGCAUUAAAGCACUCCAGUCUGCCAUGCCUACCUCACCGGACAUGCUGGAGCCUUUAUUGCUGACAUUGAAAGGAGGCAGACCGAAAGUACCUCCUUUCAAGUGUUUUAAGUGUCUUAGUCUACCCAUCUUCAGCAGCUUUCCAGGGUGCCACGCCAGUGUAACUGCCCUUAUGGACACCAGAGAUAGGCUGGGACUCCUCACACUGACAGCAUUUACACUGCAAAAAGGUCUUCUUAAGAAGUGUUUUAGUCUUAUAAUGAGCGUUAAAAUCUACUUUUCUCUCAAGUAGAAAAUAUUAGCUUGUUUGAAGUCUUUUUCCUUGAUAAAUACAAAAUUUUGUCAAACUGUCUCACCUCAUUCGCAAUAUUUUGUAUUUUAGAUAUAAGAAUUUGUGUCUAAAUAAUAUAAGACUAAAAUGCUUGUUUUUUUGCAGUGUACUGCCUUUACACUCCACCAGCAGCAGUGAUUGUAGAUACUUCCAGAAGGUACUUUCUUAUCAAACACAAGAGCAUGUCAUGCAUCCUUUAGCCUAUAACCUUAUUUAUGAAUGAUACACCAGUAUAUGUGAAGACACUCGAGGAGGAAUUGUCCAAAGUUAAUCUGUAAUUGGGAUUGCUGGAAAAGAGCUAAACCAAGAGUCAGGACAUGUAAACUAAAAGAACUCCACACUAAUCACAUGAUGUACUUAUUACUUAUUACUUAUAUUGCUCUCUCAUGCCUCCCCUUUUUGAAGUUUUUAUUGGCUGUUAUUGACACCGUGAUGAUUUGUUUUGGUCUGGGGUGCGUAAAACUUGCUUUAUGUCCUAUGUUUUGUGAAAAGGGUGUCCUUUUGAAUUUUGCUUAUGUACUAUACCAAACGAAGAAUGCUGCUUAACAAUCAUUGAAUUAAAUGAAAGGAAAGGGUGUGGUGCACCGAUGGGCCAUAAACCCAUCUGACAGCACUGAGGUACUGGGCUCCAUUGAGCUGAUGUCCACUCUAGUAUGUUCCAUUGCAGCAUUCUAGAGUGGACAUUAGCUAGAGGUAUGCCAAACAAAGGCUUGUUUGAUAUACCUUCUAAAACUGGGGUGACAGCGUUAAGACAGCAUAUCAAAAACGGUGACCAAAAAUGAAAGCAGGCUCUACGUCAGAUCAGAUUUCAACAAAAUGAGUGUCACUGUGCAAUUAUUAACUUUGUGACUUCUUUUUACGAAAUACUGAAUGUCUAAGUGCACCGUCCCUGUGUUUUUGAGUGAUUCUCUGUUUCUGAAAGAAGCUGAUUGUUUGCUUAUGAAUUGCCAUUUUAUAUAUAAGACGUAGACGCAUAAUAGAGUCGUGGACUCUAUUAGAAUAAAUUUCCAAGUAAUUUAUUGCGAAAACCGAUGUCAUGUGAUGCACCCUGAAGAAGACACUGUGCGUCGAAACGUUGGUUUGUGUAAUAAAUUGCUUGGGGAGCAAAUGGAGUGUGUGACUAUAUUUCUCUUUUUACGAUUGCUCGCUGUUAGUCUGCACCUGACUCCAUUUUUGGGUGUGUGUCCUCCCUCUCCAUUAUACAUGAGAUUAAAGCAAGAGGACUUCAUUUCACACUCUUUCCCAAACAACUGAUAACCUGGGUUUGUCUGCUGAUUCUAAAUGAAAAUGAAUAAUUGAGAUAGUCAGUGUAACCCAAACCUCCCAUAAGGACAGACUGGAAAGGCUUGUAAUUGAUACCUAUGGCUUUGAGUGUGUUCAUUGAUGCUACCUGUGACACGAAGCCACAUGCCAUGCUGUGUGUUUUCAAAAUCAAACUAGUAACAUGCUCAUUAGCAAAAGUAUAUGUGUAGACCUGUGCUACAGAAAUAAUCAACCAUAAAAAAGUACUUCUUUAAAGGAUAACAUGUUACCAGAGGUCCACUUACAGUUCUGUAAACCGUAAGAACUGUAAGAAAUUAAGUGUAGUACUGUGUAUAUUGCUAGGAAUUCAGGCAUCGCCCAGGAUUACCAAUUGUUAAAGUGAGUGAAAGCUUGCUAUAUUUACUGGGGUCAUCACAAGCUGUGUUUGUACUCUACUUUUUAAGAGUGAUGUGAGUUCUGGAGUUUAAUUUAUGCUGACAAUAACUAUUCAAUGAUAUGAAUGUAGGAUUAUGUUACUUUAGCAUACUGUGUGAUAUUUCUGGGUGUUUUUGACUGUUUUAUGUGUGAAAAUGUGCCUUCUGGUUUUAAAUUAUGUUAUGGAGUUUAGUGAAGUUAUUGUUUAUUGAAGUAUUGCAUUAAAAGAAGGUUUAGUGAAUUGGGUGGUUGGUACCUAAAGCUUGCUACACAUAAUAUUUUUGUUUUGAAUAAUUGUAAUGCAUUGCUGAAUCCUUCGGUGUGUUUGUAUAAACUUAUAUUUCUAUAUUGCCUAUGGCUGUACUUUUAUUUUUCUAAUGCAUUUUAAUGGAAAUGUAUGUUUUGUAUUGUCAAAUAAAUGAGAACCAAUUAAUACUACUUUGUAUUAUAUAUAAAAAUAGCACAGCCAGAGACAUUUCUCAAUGGAAAUGUACAGUUGAUCAGAAGCUGUGAGACUGUGAAAAACCUGUUAUAUAUGACUAGCUGGCCUCUUCCUGGUGGGUCUGUAGUGCUACAUGUUUAGCACAGAUUUUUAUUAGUGCAAGCUUUUUUUCUGAUGAUUAAAAAAUUACAAUUUUAAUGAGUGCUUUAAUGAGUUAUUCAUUGGGUAAAUUGACCCCUUGAUUGCAAUAAUACAAUUUGUAUUAAACUCUUCUCCCGCAUGAA